ACUCCAUAACUUGCUUUCCGGUGCUGAAGUGAAGUAAAAACGCGUUUUAUUUUCCUUGUGUUUUACUCUAAACAAGAACAAUGAACCGAAAAGAUGAUUAUGAUUCAUAUGAAAUUGAAGAGCCAAGUGAUGAGGAAGGAGCCGGAAGCAGUUCUGAGGAUGAGCUGGAUAUUCUUCUCAACGGGACGCCGGAACAGAAGAAGAAGCUGAUCAGAGAGUAUCUGACGGGGGAGAGCGAGUCCUCCAGUGGAGAUGAGUUUGAGAAGGAGAUGGAGGCAGAGCUCAGCAGCACCAUGAAGAGCAUAGAGUGCAGCUGGACGGCAUCUUCAGCUCAAGGUCAAACUUCUGGGACCAGUGACAGCACUGCCACAGCAAACAAGCAACAGACUGGGGAGUAUGACAGCAUUUACUUCGACUCCGACUCGGAUGAAGAUGGCACAGCUGGCAGCUCUCAGGGUCUGAGGAGGAAGCAGCGCUCUGUUCUCACAAAUGAUGAGCUGUUAUAUGACCCAGACGAGGAUGAUCGCGACCAGGCUUGGGUGGAUGCAAAAAGAAAAGAAUACAGAAACCAGAGGCGGCUGCCACCAUCAGCAAACAGAAGAAACAGACCAGACGCUGUUCCAAGCAGUGACGCUGUCCUCAACUGUCCUGCCUGUAUGACCACUCUGUGCCUGGACUGUCAGAGGCAUGAGAAAUAUCGGACGCAGUACAGAGCCAUGUUCGUGAUGAACUGCACAGUCGACAAAGGGGAAGUGCUGCACUAUAAAACCGCCAAUAAGAGAAAGCAGAACCGGCACAGGAAGAGGGCCCGUCAGGAGAACACGUCCUCAUCCACAGAGACUGAAAUGGAGUCAAGUGCAGGUCUGACUGAUGCACGCUUGGCAGGAAUGGAUGAAGAAGAGAUAUAUCACCCAGUCAAGUGCACAGAAUGCUCCACUGAAGUGGCAGUGUAUGAUAAAGAUGAGGUGUAUCAUUUCUUCAACAUCCUAGCAAGUCACUGCUAAGGACAUUUACUGGACUUAUAAAUACAAACCACGUGUUUUGGUGGGUUUGAUUGCUGUACAGUACAUAGAGAGAGAGUGAAAAGUUUUUUUGGGGGAAAGGAAUAUGGCUAGACAUGUAAUUUUAUUUAUAGGGUUUUUAUAUUUUGUUAUAAAAUGUAAACUUUCAUGUGAUCCACUUCCUGUAAAUAACAUCUCAUAUUUGCAUAAAAGUUGUUCUGUUGCCUCUCAGAUAUGUACUUCCCUUUUAUUAAACUGUAUUUUUAUACACAGUAGAGGGCAUGGAAAUGAUUCAAGCUAAACAGAAGUGACAUAUUGCAUUUAGCUAAGCACUUAAUGUGCUCUGAACGUGAACGGUGUCAUUUG